UGAGGACGGAAACAUAUUUCAUGCAAGAAGCACGGACUUCAAGCCGGACGCAAUCAAAGCACGCACGCUCACCCAUAAAAUGUGCCAAGUUGCACUUCAAUUUUGGACCUCGUCUGGACAACAUUGAUCUUUUCAGUCGACUAGAAUAUUUUGGCACGUGGGCAGGUGCCUUGGCAGGUGUGUGGCGAAAGGAAACCCAGGUGUAGGAGAUGAAAGCGCCAGCACUGAUCUCGGCGGUACUCUUCUCUCUCGUUUUGGCAAGGUCCAGCGCGGCAGAUGCAGAGGAGAGGCUGGUGGAUUACCUGCUGGGCCCCGAGCGCUACAACAAGCUGAUUCGACCAGCGGUCAACAAGACAGAGCAGGUCACCAUCGGUAUCAAGGUGUCCUUGGCCCAGCUCAUCAGUGUUAACGAGAGGGAACAAAUUAUGACCACAAAUGUUUGGCUGUCACAGCAGUGGAAAGACUACAGACUUGUGUGGGAUCCUGACGACUAUGAAGGAAUUAAAAUACUGCGAAUCCCCUCUCAGCUUAUCUGGCUCCCUGAUAUUGUUUUGUAUAACAAUGCAGAUGGGGUUUAUGAGGUGUCCUACUACAGCAACGCGUUGGUUGCAAACACCGGUGAAAUCUUCUGGCUUCCCCCUGCCAUCUACAAGAGUGCCUGUGCGAUUGAGGUGAAGGAUUUUCCUUUUGACAAGCAGAACUGCACCAUGAAGUUCCGCUCAUGGACUUAUGACCACACGGAGCUGGACCUGGUUCUCACGUCUGACUUUGCGAGUCUGGACGACUACAUGCCCAGUGGUGAAUGGGAUAUCGUCUCGCUACCCGGACGGAAAAACGAGGACCCCAACGACAUCACGUACCUCGAUGUCACCUAUGACUUUGUGAUCCAGCGCAAACCGCUCUUCUACACCAUCAACUUGAUCAUCCCCUGUGUGCUCAUUACGUCACUGGCCAUACUGGUCUUCUACCUACCAUCAGACUGCGGCGAGAAGAUGACUCUUUGCAUCUCGGUGCUACUGGCCCUCACUGUGUUCCUCCUCCUGAUCUCCAAAAUUGUGCCACCCACCUCCCUGGCCGUCCCACUCAUUGGCAAGUACCUGAUGUUCACGAUGGUGCUGGUGACCUUCUCCAUUGUGACAAGCGUGUGUGUGCUCAACGUGCACCACCGCUCGCCCAGCACGCACCGUAUGCCUGACUGGGUCUGCCGCGUCUUCCUGCACCGGCUUCCCAUCUUCCUCUUCAUGCGGCGACCUGGCAGCUCUAACGUACGCGAGAAGUUUCGACGACGCCACCUGAGGAAAUCGUUCUCUGCGCCGUCAUCCGAGGGCAAAUCAAGGCAGACAGAGGUGGACACGCUGUACCUCAGCGAUGAGCCAGGAGGGCUGGCAGGGGGCAGAUGGUGCCCUGGGGAACUUCCUGAGGGGUCGGAGGUCAGGCAGAGGGUGAGGGGGAAGAGAGACGUCGCUGUGGACGAGGCCAUCGAAGGCGUGAGGUUCAUUGCUGAGCAUAUGAAGAUUGAAGAUGAUGACGAGGGGAUAAUCGAGGACUGGAAGUAUGUAGCCAUGGUGAUCGAUCGUCUCUUUCUUUGGAUCUUCAUCCUGGUGUGUGUGACUGGAACCCUUGGCCUCUUUGUCCAGCCGUUGUUCCAGAGCUAUAACACACCAACAGCAGAGAAGGCGUAAGGAGGAAUUCAGGAGAUUUCUAAGCACUUGGCUCAGCUGACAGAUAGGAAGACACGCCGCACCUCUUCAGCAAUACGUAUAGAGCACAGCCAUCAUCCAGCCUGUCACUUUAGCGCUGAAGCCACAACACUGACCCUCAUAACACACACCAGACAUUGCUGAACCACACUCACACACCUACACUACUUUGGCUCAGGAUAUCACAGACUCUGACUGAUGUACAGUAUACACAAGACCAGAUGCUGUAGUAGGACUUUUCCUUUAUUGCGUAGCUUUGUUGAUGUUAAAUGGAAAAUGACAAUUAAAUUUCAG